CACAGCAGCAGGAUAUACCACACUUGCCAGGCUACGUGAACCACCAGGUUCUUACGUCAGUCAAGAGAAGCGACCGUUUGACCGUCGUGCAGUUCUUGGGUAUUCACAGUCACGUCUUACAAAAUGGCACAAGCAGGCGAAACUGUAAUGCGAAGGAAAUUGGUGAUAAUCGGCGAUGGGGCUUGUGGCAAAACCAGUUUGCUCAGCGUAUUCACCUUGGGCUAUUUUCCUACUCGCUAUGUACCAACCGUGUUCGAAAACUAUGUCACGGAUUGUAGAGUGGACGGGAAGUCUGUCCAGCUGGCUUUGUGGGAUACUGCUGGACAGGAAGACUAUGAGCGACUGCGGCCGCUGGCCUACUCCAAAGCCCACGUAAUUCUCAUUGGCUUUUCUGUUGACUCGCCAGACUCUCUGGAAAACGUCAAAGCCAAGUGGGCGGAAGAAGCACGUGAAAGAUGUCCCGGGGUCCCCAUAAUUCUAGUUGGACUGAAGAAGGAUUUACGCGAUGAUCCUCUUGCACAGGAAGAGAUGCGUAAGAAAAGUCUUCGCUUUACUACCACGAAAGCGGGAAAUGAUACGAAGGACCUUAUCGGGGCACGCAAGUAUCUCGAAUGCUCUUCGCUUACCGGGGACGGGGUAGACGACGUAUUUGAAGCCGCCACUCGUGCUGCACUUCUGUCUGUCGACAAGAGCGAAAGUAACGGCUGCUGUACGGUCUUAUGAGUAUUGUGUUGUGGUUUUCGUCUUGCAUGACUUGGUGUUAGGGGUGGUUUGGUUGGCUUCCAACGGCGCUCUGCUUUGCGGCGCACUUGCAUGGCUGCAAUGGGUUCCCAAAAGCUUUCAUUUAUCACGGGGCUAGGGAAAGAAUUGCACAAGAUAAUCGAAGCGGUAAGCGAGCGAUCCCGGAUUUUCGGUAAUUAC